CCUUAACUUACCAUCAUCAUCAUCAUCAAGAAAUCCAACAAACUCACAACUUUAUAGCUUCACAACAAACUCACAAAUAAAUUAAUCAACAAACAAACUACAACAUCAACGCAAAUAUGUCUGACAAGAACACCUCAACUCUUCAAUCAUACAUUGAUUCUGCUUCUGGCGCAGCUCAAUCGGCGCUUGGUUCUAUUACUGGUAACCCUGCUGAUAAGCACGCCGCCGCCCAAAAACACGACGAAGCAGCCCUCAAGCACGACGCCUCGCACGCCGGUUUCUCCGCCGGCGGCAUCAGCGCCUCCUCUUCCGGUGCCGUAACCAAAAACGAUCCUGCGCGUCAAGAAGGAUCCUGGAACCAGACGAUCGGAUCAGGCAAGGAAUUUGUCGGGGGAAUCCUCGGAAGCGAGGAGAUGAAGAAAGAUGGUCGCGAACAGAAUGCGGCGGGCAGAGGCCAGGAAGCCCAGGGUCAAUUGAAUGAUUUGGGCAGUGGGGUGAAGAAUAGAGUGCAAGGUAGUGUGGGGGGUGCGGUCGCGGGUGUCAUGGGAGAUAGGGAGAAGGAGGAGGCGAGGAGGGAACAGCAUGAUGUGGGGAAGACGCAGCAAAGGGGGGUGGAGAGUGAGUUGGAGAGACAGAACAAGUAAAUUUGUGGGGAUGGAGAGUCAGAUGGAAGGUUAGAUUGAUACCCUGUGAGAUGGAUAGAUGGAUGAUGCAUGCAUGGCUUAGGAUUCGGUACUAGGUUUUUUUUAUUGGGAUCACGCGGCCGUAGACGGAUCGAUGUAUUAUGAAGAAACGAAUAAAUGAAUGAAAUUGCAUGGUUUUCAAAUUGUCUGAACAGUAAAUCAUCAAGCAAACCUCUGUUUUGUUGGAUGCGUGAAACGGUAAAUAUAAUGUUUAUUCGCAUGCCAGUCAUACCUGUCAAACAUAUCUGUCAGUUUGG